AUGUGGCAUGUUCAUUUACACAGCGCUGCUGGCGUGGGUGCCUUUCAGCGUUUUUACAUCACGUCGGUAUUAGCGAGAAAUGGGCAAUUUGGCGGCAACUUCACUACUCCGUUACCUGGCAACGUGGCGGCAAUUGAAAACUGCGGCACGAUGAACGUAGUAUCACACACCCAAGCGCCCAAUAGAAGCGAAGUUUCUCUCUACUGGCAGAUAGAAUCACGUGGUAUUGGUUGUGUCGAGUUCAGUGCUCUUGUACAAAGCAGUCAUGGAGAAUGGUUCGAAACUUCCACGUCUUUUUGCGAAUUCCCGGGAAAUGAGAUAGCGGGUUGCAUUGAAUACAGAACUGAUACAGUAAAAGGCGGACAAAUUACGUCACCCAAUUAUCCUUAUCAGUACCCAGACGGUGUCGUCUGCGUCGCUUUCAUUCACGCGCCGUUGUUUGCUAGCAUUUAUCUACAGUUUACCAGCGUCGAAAUCGAAUAUGAACGGCAAUGCAGUUACGACAGUGUUAGCGUAUAUACUCGAGGCACGAACACGGAGCCGCAAGAAAUAAUCUGCGGCGAAUACAUCGGCGAAGAACUGAGACAACUAAGGUUCAAAUCAUCUAGCAACAUCAUGGUUGUUAAACUAACAGCUGAUGUCAAAUUCGGUGGGAGAGGUUAUACCGCAAAGUAUUACAGUCUGGACAGCACAAAUGGGUGCAACCUGACAAUGACAGCGGACUCGGGUGUCGUUACAAGUUGGAACUACCCGGCAUUUUACUUUCCAAAUCUACAAUGCCAUAUUAUCAUACAUGUCGAUUGGUCGAAACGGAUAAGGCUCGAGAUUACCGAGCUUGAUAUCCAAAAUGAAACUAUUAACGGGGAGUGUAACACUGACGUGGUCCAGGUGUUCGCUGACGGACCUGAACGGAAUCACCGCUCGUUUUUCUGUGGAAGCAUAUACAAAUAUUCAAGAAAGGAGUUAGUGGCGGAUUCCGUACGCAAUAUUAUUGAACUUGAGUUCACUUCCGACUACCUCAUUGAAAAUUCGGGAUUUGUAGCAGAGUAUUAUACGAAACUGUCUUGUGUGAAUCAAACUAUAACGGGAAGGAAUGGGACCUUGUCGAGUCCUAACUAUCCUGAAAAUUACCCGAAUUCUCAAGACUGUUUUAUUACAAUACAAGUACCGGAGGGAUUUUCAGUCUUGUUGCGGUUCGUUAAUUUUCAAACAGAAGGUACUGACAUUGACGACGUUUCGUCUUGUCGAGAUUAUGUCGAAAUAUCAACUGGGAAUUCUACUUCAGUACUCUGUGGCAACUUGGAAGGGAAACAAAACCAGUUAGUUUUCCAAUCAACCAAUAAUACUAUAAUCUUACAUUUCAUUACUGAUGGUUUAGUAACAAUGUCCGGUUUUUAUGCCGUGUUUGAUGCUGUAGAUAUAGUAGAUGCAGCGUUGUCGCCUUGUCCACUCGAUUGGCUGAACUUUCGCGAUAACUGUUACGAAAUUGUGCACACCAAAAAGACAUGGCAGGAGGCGUCCGGAGCUUGUUUGGCGGAAGGGACUCACUUAGCCAGCAUACACAGUAUGGAAGAGCAGUUUUUUAUAAAUUCCGCUGUACAGAACAGCAUGGAGUCUGAAGACGCAGCAUUUUGGAUAGGCGGACAUGAUAUAAUACACGAAGCUGACUACGUGUGGCAGGACCAUAGCAACUUCGACUUUACUGAUUGGUUUCCUGGCUGGAGCGCGUUUGAAUUUUUCGGUCGGCAGCCCACAGACGACGGUCUCAGUGGUGAAGACUGCAUCGAGCUCAGGCAGAUAUUCCACUUCCCGUCGAAGGGAUAUGGCGUGACCAGUCGACUUUACUGGAAUGACAGAGACUGUCAUGCUACAAAUGGAUAUAUAUGCAAACAGCUGGCAAUUGGAGCCAGCACAGUGGCGCCACCUAGAGAGGUGAACUGCGACCAAUUCUGGAAUGCCACAAAUGGUAACAUCCGCAGCUGGUCCUUCCCAGACAACUAUGCCAAUAACAUGGACUGUGAUAUAGUGAUUCAAGUUACUCAGGGAUAUCAAAUCAUCUUGGAAUUCUUAGACUUUGUCAUGGAGGAAGGUGGCGACUGCCAAUGCGAGUACGACUAUAUUCAAAUAUUCACACCUGGUGGUGAAGAGGAACCCGAUACUGUUUGCGGCAACCAGACGGACAGUAUCAAACUCUUACGGCGGGUCACAGACAUUAAUUUGCUCAUAAUCAGGUUUCACACAGAUCAUUCCCGCACAUUUGAAGGAUUUAAUGCGGUGUAUAGUGUACAGCGAGGACCUGAAUAUUGUGACAAUGACAGGUGGAUUUUUUAUAAUGGAAUAUGCUACCUAAUAAACCAGAGCAAACUUGAUGAGGUGUCCUGGACGGUGGCGUCGUCUGUGUGUGAUAUCUAUAACGCUAGCUUAGCGAGUAUUACUGCACAAGAUCAGUAUUAUUUUCUGGAAGAGCUUAUUAGGUGGAAUAACGGGUAUGUAGCGGGGGAUGUCUAUUGGUUGAGUGGUAGUGAUGUCCAGAGUGAAGGGAGAUGGACGUGGCAUGAUGGGCAGCCAUUUAGCUUUACAGCUUGGUACCCAGGUUUUGGGGAUGACGACCGUCAGUACAACCGUCAACCGAGUAACACAUCCAAUCAUGACUGCCUGUCAUUAACACAACGGUUUGAAACUUCAAAUGGUGCUCUGAGAGUGGUGGACAGGAUGUACUGGAGAGAUGAACUAUGCAAUAAAAAAGCCAAAUAUAUUUGCCAAAAAAAAUCAUUAUCUAUGCCACAAGUUGAUGAACAACCAUAUCAAUUACUCCUAAGCGGUAUGGUUAAUUUUAGCAGUCCAAACUUUCCGCACAAAUAUGACAACAACGUGAACAAUGUGACUGUAGUACAAGUGCCUUCUGGAUACCGAAUAAAAAUAGCGUUUUUAGUUUUCGCCUUAGAGGAUCACAGUGAAUGCCUUUAUGACUUCCUAAGUUUAAAAGACGACGCGCAAUGUGUUCGUUUAUGUGGAAACAAAUCCGAGCAUCUGGAUGAAUUGACGUUUUGGUCUUUUACGAAUUUUACAGAAAUCACAUUCCACACAGAUCAUUCUAUAAGAAAUACGGGAUUUUACGGAUAUUACGAAAUCGUCGAUGUAUUAUCUUGUCUCAAUAGGACAAUUACAGGAAGACGGGGGCAGCUACAUAGUUUUAAUUUCCCGGAAAAAUACCUUUCCAAUUUGGAUUGCCGUACUAAUAUAAGAGUACCACGAGGUUAUCGCGUGUAUCUACAAUUCGAACAGUUCAAAUUGCAAGAUUCUGCCGAUUGCAAUGAUGAUUACGUUGUGAUUUUUUUGGAUGGAGUCGGCAUGCGGCGUACUGAAAGGUACUGCGGGGAUCACAGCUCAGACAUCUCAGUCAUGAAGUUUGUCUCAUACCAGUCUACGAUGAGUGUAAUAUUUCAUAGUGAAUUCAAUGGAUCGACGGGAUACUUAGCAACAUUCUCUGCAGUGAAACACGCUAAAGUCGUUAUUGAUGUGCAUAGCGAUCUGACAACCAGUGGAGUCAUCUCUAGCCUUAAUUAUCCAAAUCCUUAUCCGAUUAACACAAAUCUCACAAUCAUCGUUCGAGGACCACAGGAUUCACACAUAAUUGUGACAUUUGAAGGGUGUCUGAUGACCGGAUCUGCUCACUGUGCAAGUAAACUGAGAGUGUAUAAUUACUUGUUGUAUAGCGAACGGCGAGAGAUUGGCCAGAUUAUGUGCGGAGACGAGUGUAACAUCACCACUGAGGAUGUACUAACUGUCCAGUCAACACUGAAUACACUGUUCAUAGAAUUCGUAUCACAUGAUUUUGAACUGGAAGGAUUUCAAGCUCGUUACCGCGUCACACAGAGUAAUGACACGUGUGCGGAAGCAUACUGUAGUCAACAUGGUAGAUGCGUUUACAAGAACAACCAGUACUCGUGCUCGUGUGAUUCCGGCUUCAAAGGAUUAUUUUGCGAAAACAUCAACAUAGAACGAGGAAAGACUUUAAUGGAAAGAUUAAUGGAAGAUCCAUUCUGGAUUGGGAUUAUUGUCAUCCUGGUUUUUCUUCUAUUAGGCAUGUCGGGUGUAUUCUUGCGGAAAAAAAUCGGCAAACAUUUAAAAAAUAAGCGAGAAUUGAAAAAUAUAGGUACAUCAUCAAAUACACGUGCUAAUAGAGGCGAAGCUGUGCGUUUCCGUGACGACCACAGCUUAAUGCGGGUUAAUGAAAUCAUACUAGAAGAGAUCGUAGGAGUGGGCAUCGAAAACGGACAUGCUGGGCGUGGUCAAUACGAUAUUGAAGAAGAAGAUGAGGAAGAGCAAAUUGCAAAUGGAGAGCAUGCAGCUAAUAUAUCACCAGGUGGUGAAUCAAUUCAGAGAUACUUGGAAAGUAGAGGUACAGUGGCAACAGCCUUGAGUGGACUGGUAUCAGCAGCGGCGCUUUCAAAUGUGAAUGCAAGAAAAACACAGCAGCGUCAUCGCGAAGAAUCCGAUCAUGACAAUGUUGGAGGAACGCGCAAAUUUAUCUCUAACAUACUGAAAAGGCCAAAUUAUUCUAAUAAUAUCACUUUGGGUACAAAAUCUCCCUCACUGCGACGACAAUCUUAUUUACGGACCGGAAAAAAGACACUGCAGAGGCAGAAUACACCAGUGAAUGGCUGUUCAAUAAAAGACGGAUACCUUGAGGGGACAAACGAAGCUAAUCACGAGUUAAUCAAUACCUCCAUGCAAGACAGGAACACUGAUGGGGAAUACUUGAAUCAAAUAUUUGUAGCAAUUCAUGACGAGAGUGUUACUGAUGAUGAAUGCAGCUCUAGUAGAGACACUCCGCGUAUUUACGAAGAAGAGUUCAGUGAGGGGAUUUCGGAAAGUAGCAAUGAGUUGGAGGAGCCUGACACGCUCGUGUGUAAUGAUAUAAACCAGGUGUCAGAAUCACUAUUAUAUACAAUUGAUGAAACAUCAAAGGAAUCUGAUGAAUACUCUUUGCAUCAAAGCUCCAGCGUCUCGGAAGAUUCAUCAGUUGAGCUACCAGAGGUUCAGCCUUACAGAGGAAGGUCCAAGGAAAGUCUUCACUCACUCCAUAACCAACAUGUCAUCUGUGAAAUUGACGGCACCGAAUACUCAGACAAUGUCGAUAUUAGCGAACUAAAUGACUGCAAUUCUACAGAUCUAAGUCAAGUCGCCAUGCAAGUUCCACGUGGUUCUUUAUUCUCUAAAUCUUUCUCCACUAGCCUUGAAGGAGUUAGUCGUUUCUCGGAUUCGGACAAAGAAACCGUAGUUGUAAAUCAUCGAAACGGGGACUUGCCACACCAGACCUCACAGAACCUGGAUGAUUAUGACUUGGAAGACGGUGGAUAUCACCGGGCACCCGAGUCAUUACAAUCCACGUCCAUAGUCUCAAGUUUUGACGGUUCGGAUGAUAUGUUGAAAAAUGAAGAGCAUGGGGUCUCAGAACAACCAAACCACCUCACUCGUCAACGGACUACUCCAAGCACUUCAGAAUUGGAUACGAUCAAUGAAGGUGAAAUAACAAGGCAUGAUAAACGUAGAAAUGGUACAAUUUACUCAAAUAAAGAAUGUACUAUUUGUGAAGAAACAGUUUGA